AUGGCGAUCAAGCCAUCGCACAGAGAGGAAGAGCACGCAAAGCAAACAGCAGAAGCACUUGACUUUUGCGCUUCGCUUUUGCAGACGCGCGGGCCACCAAGGGUAGAGACGAAAGAGUCGCAGCUCAAGCGGUUUGUACUCAUGUUGGUGCGAUAUACCCGCGUUCUGUUGCACUAUCCAUUUUGCCGCGUUGACAAGGACCAUCGCAAGGCAGUGCAGGAGAGCGUAUCAGCAAUCAUCUCUACCGUGCUUGGGACACUGCUUAGUUUCGGAGCCGAGGAUGAGGACGAGGACGAGGACGAGGGCGAGGACGAGGACGAGGACGAGGAGUACGAUCAAGUGGAGAAAGGCGACUAUGACGGAGAAAGGACCGUUCAUUGCAACGGAGAGUUCCGGGGAAGCGGUGGCCUAGCUCAACCAAACCUGGCCCGCUUCGCCAGAGUGGAUAGGCACUUGCUCGAACUGCUGGCCGGAUUGAGCGUCCGUGCCCUCGUCUUCACGUUGGCUUUGAUGAAGCAUCCAAUCAUCCAUGCUGCCUCUGAACCAGGCCCAAACGAUGAUGACAGCGAGAGGCAAAGAUCCGAUGCGGUCCUUGCACUUGGCGCCCUGGAACAGUUGCACCAGCUUGGGCUUGUGUCGCUCGAUUUACUGCGCAGAGCUCGCAAGGUUGCAAGGCUCGGUGGCGAAACCUGA